AUAAUAAUGAAAGGCAAUAGUGAAAUGCAAAGAACGCACACACAAGAAAAACAUUGAAACAAACGAAAUUAUGUGCAGUCACACAUCACACAGUGAAUUGGAUUAGUGCAGUUUAAGUGAGCAAAGCAAAGAGAAAUAACCAGAGACGAGGAAACAUGAGUGUACAAAUGAUUUUAAUUUAAUUAUACCAUACUAAAAAGAAACGUAUAUGAUUGUUGUUAAUAUUAAACAGUGUAUUUCAGUAAAUUGUGUGAACAUCGUUGUUUCCACAUCCGAAUUAGAUUAGUUAGUUGUGUGUGCAUGAUGACAAAUAGUUUUUGUCAUUUUGUUUGAAGAAAUUUUUGUUUUAGAAAAAUAAAUUCUGAUAGCUAAUUUGUGUACUUAAAUUCAUACACAAUUGAUAAUCGGGGCCGAUGAUCUCAAUUAGCAUUGGAACUUUAAACUCAAGAUAAACGGCCAUCAAAUAAGGAAUGAAAGUUUGCUAUUGAUAAAGAAAAAAAGAAAGCAGAUCAAGUGCACAUAUAUAGGUGAGCGUGUUCGAUAAAAGGAAAUAGAAAACUUCAUUUGUUCGAUGACCAGAAGGUGUCUUUGCAAGUAAACACAACUGUGGUAGAAAGUUGCAUACACAAUAUUUGUACACACGGCAUUCGAUAGAGUUGAAAAUGUUUCACAAUGUUAACAACGAACUAUUUCGAACCGCUUCACAAUCAGCCUCAUCUUCAUCGUCAUCGUUCGAUGAUUUAAUCAGCACGACAGCCACAAAAACAUCAUCAUCAAGCUCCGAAAUAACAACCGAUGACAUUUAUGGCCUAUGCAAUGGAACGGCUCAGCGUAGUGAGACUGCAAUAUCACAAUUUGCAUCUCGAGUUUUAGAAUUUAGUUCGCAGUAUGGAAGUGACAACAGUAUUUCAUAUACAGCAUGCAAUAUUACAGGGAGACCAUCGAAAUAUCCAAAUUAUGGCGAUUUUCCGGAAACAUUUGCUAUGCGUUCUUAUGGUCGAUGGUGGGAUAUGGCGCCGUCUCGCAUAUCCGAUAUUAUGCCGCAAACAGUUAACGAGAAUAUGCCACAAGACUUCAUAGUGGUUGAAUUCGAGGAUUUUGUGUUUCCCAGUGAUAUUUCAAUUUAUGAAACAUACAAUCCAGGUGCCAUUGUGAAACUAUGGGCAUUUACAAUAAAUGAAAAAUGGGUAUGCUUAUGGGAAAUUGAUGAACGCAAUGACUCUGGCAUUCGAACAUGUUCAAACGAUUCUAACAUUUUUUCGCCAACGAUCAAAGAUAUUAAAAUUCCCACCCGAAUCAUACGUAUUGAAUUCAAUCAUCGGAAAUUGGACUAUUUCACAGAAAUCGACGGAGUUUUAUUGGAAGGGAUAAAAUUCACACCACGAGACGAUUUUCAUCAUCUCAUGAGCAUGUCACAAGUAAACAAAGGACCCAUUCAACGAAAAUUGGAGAAAGUAUCAUUUACACCAGUGCCAGCACCAAAUCACAAUCAAGAUCAAUUGCUCAAAGACUUUUUAAUAAAAGACCUCGAGAACUUUAUAAUAAAAAUCAAUUGUGGUAAUGAUCGAAGAUGUCCCAAUGUACCUGAUGCAACUGAAAAGGAUCCAUACACUUUAAAAAAUAUGCCUUCUGAAAUUUUACUAAAAAUUUGUUCCUACCUUGACUUGUUGUCGUUGUGUCGAAUGUCACAGACAUGUCGAAAAUUUCAUCAAGUUGCCCGUGACCCAUCGCUCUACACCGAACUCAAUUUGAUGCCAUUUUGGGACGUUGUCGAUGCUUCAGUAAUAAAUACAUUCAAACAACGAUGCCGUUUUCUCAAAAAGAUAGAUCUCUCAUGGUGUGGAUUAUUUAACAAUUUGACAUCAUCCGAUUUCAAUGACUUCAUUCGACAUUGUGGUAAACAAGUGACGCAUCUACGAUUGAAUUCGGUGAAAUUUUUGAGUUCAAAUAGUCUGGAAACGGUUGGAAUGAUCUGUGAUAAUUUGAAAGAGUUGUCAUUGAGAAAUGCAUCGAUCUCAAGAGUUACUGGCAAUCCAUUUGGUUGUUUUAAGAAUUUGGAGCGAUUGGACUUGUUUCGUGUUGAAAUUGCAGAACAGCAAAUCACAUUAAUGCUGGAAAACAACCCAAAUUUAAGACACAUAAAUUUGGCAUUCAGUCAAGCGAACAUGGAUCAAGUGGCAACAACCAUCUCGCGGUGUAAUUUACAUAUUCAAUCGAUUGAUAUGUGGAAAUCACGUGGUCUGUCAUCAACUGGCCUAAGGGCACUGGCAGCUUCGUGCUCCGAAUUGGAAGAGGUUGACUUUGGAUGGUGUUUGCGUGACGAAGCGUCACCGGGAGAAAGUUUGCUAAAACUGCUCAAAGGAUGUCCAAAUCUGAAGAAACUCUUUUUGGCAGCAAUUCGAGGUUUGAAUGAUCGUGAUUUGGAAAAUAUUGCGAAUCUCUGUCCGAAUUUGGAACAACUUGAUUUGCUCGGUGUCAUGGGCAUAUCAACCGAAAAAUGUUAUUUGAUUUUAAAUCAGUGUCCCAAACUAAAAUUGAUUGAUCUGAGCUUUUGUGUUCACCUCGACGAUGCACAGAUUUCAAUUUGGAAAGAAACAUUUAAUGUCACCAUUAAAAGAAGUUUUGUUCGUACCGAUCACGAUUAUUCAACACGAAGCUACAACAUAAUCAGAAACUUUAACUGAACAGCGAAUAAAAAAACAUAAAAUUAAAAAACCUCAAUUUGAAUUGAUUCAGCUUAAAAGGAGAGAGAUUAAUAUUGCAUGAACAUUUUAUUUUGUAUUUAUAUCACGUUAUGUAUCACAGAUGUUUAAUGCAAAUUGAGGCAAAUACUGUUAUAUUUAAAAGAGAGAAUAUUUUGUAAUACAAUACAAUGCAAAUGAGAAGCAGAAAAUGAGCCAUUUCCAUUAGUUAUGUAAGGGAAUAUUUAGUUUUUAAAUAAGAAAACAACACAGAGAAAACCUGAUGAUGAGAGACUAUUUUCGUAAAAUUGAUUAUCCGUUUUUACUGAUAUUUAAUAGAAAAUUUUAUGUGUGCAAGAGAAGAAAAAAAAACAUUUUAUUAAUCAAUACAAAUAAAGAUAUAUUUAUUUACCCAAAGGAA